GACCUGCAGCUGGCCGCCCCACGGUUAGCUGGGGCUUAGGCGCGCCUCUGUGACGUCACCGAGACCCUCGCGGCGCCUCUCGCGCAAGUGGCUUUGCUCCGAGGAAGCCGUGACGUUUGACAAGUGCGCGUAGUCGUUUCAACCUGGACGCGACUGCGGGAAGAGGUGGUGUCGGUCGGGUCUAUUCGGAGUUCUUGUUUGGAGUUGAGCCCAGCUUAUAUCUUGUACACAAGUGUACCGACCUUGCGUCUUCUCACCUCCUCCCUCCUUGCACCGCCAGCCAAGCCCUAGGAUGCCGGGUGUCUCAGCCCAUGGCCUCUCGCAUGAGGGGAGAAGGCAGCUGGCUAUGAACCUCACCCGCGUCCUAGCGCUCUACCGCUCCGUUCUGGAUUCCUACAUCAUCGAAUUUUUCACGGACAGCCUGUGGGACACACUCCCUGAGUCAUGGCAAGAAGCGCUGGAUGGGCUAAACCCACCACAGCUGGCCACGCUGCUGCUGGGGAUGCCCAGGGAAGGGGAGGAGAUCAGGUACAGGUCCGUGUGGCCACUCACCCUGCUGGCCCUGAAGUCCACAGCCUGUGCCCUCGCCUUUACCCGGACACCUGGCUUUCACACCCCAUCAGAGUUCCUGGAGAACCCCAGCCAGAGCUCCCGACUGACAGCUCCUUUUCGGAAACAUGUCAAGCCCAAGAAGCAGCAUGAGAUCCGGAGGCUGGGAGAGUUGGUGAAGAAGCUGAGUGACCUCACUGGCUGUACCCAGGUUGUGGAUGUGGGUUCAGGCCAGGGCCAUCUCUCCCGCUUCAUGUCUCUUGAGCUGGGGCUGAUGGUGAAGAGUCUUGAAGGGAAUCAGAGGCUGGUAGAAAGAGCUCAGCGCCUAGACCAGGAGCUCCUGCAGGCUCUGGACAAAAUGGAAAAGAGGCACCCAAAGGUAGUGCAAAGAGGCCCUCGCCACUGCCCCCACCACGUGGUUCAGUGGGUCAGCCCCACAACUCUCUGUGAGGAGCUUCUGCUUCCUCUGGAGACACCAGGCCAGUCUAGCGCCCGCCUGCUGCUAACGGGCCUUCAUGCUUGUGGGGAUCUGAGCGUUGCCUUGCUGAGGCACUUCUGCUGCUCUCCUGCUGUGGUGGCCCUGGCCUCGGUGGGCUGCUGCUACAUGAAACUCAGUGACCCUGGCAGCUAUCCACUGAGUCAGUGGGUGGCUGGGCUGCCUGGCCACGAGCUACCCUACAGGCUCCGGGAGGGGGCCUGCCAUGCCCUAGAAGACUAUGUGGAGAGGCUACAGAAAGCAGGCCCUGGUCUGCAAGCACACUGCUUCCGUGCAGCACUGGAGACAGUCAUCCGACAUGUUUGCCCUGAGCUUCGGAGGCCUGGUGUGCAAGGAAUCCCGAGGGUCCAUGAACUCAAGAUUGAAGAAUAUGUGAAACAAGGGUUACAACGAGUGGGUCUAGACCCCCAGCUGCCACUGGAUCUGGCUGCCCUUCAGGCCCACCAGGCCCAAGAGAACCGUGUGGUGGCUUUCUUCAGUUUGGCCCUCCUACUGGCCCCACUGGUAGAGUCACUGAUUCUGCUGGACCGGCUGCUCUAUCUUCAGGAGCAAGGCUUCUAUGCUGAGCUCCUGCCCAUCUUCAGCCCUCAACUCUCCCCCAGAAACCUGGCUCUGGUGGCCACCAAGACACCCCUCGGUCAGGCCUUCUCUGCUCUUGAGACUGAAGACAGCUGACACUCUGAAACCACCAAGUGGCAAUAUGGCUAGGUAUAUGUCACCAUUUAGAGUAUAGGGCAUCCUGCCCAGAUUCUGGCUCUCUGCAAACUUCAGAUAUAUACCCUUUCUCUCCCUUCACCUGUAAAGUAAUACUAUGUAACUUUUAUUUAUUAAAA